AUGUGCAAGUCUGAGGUUAGUAUAAUGCUCUUGUUACUAAUAUUAUUUGUGAGCACAGUUCUCGCAGAUGAAAAAAUUGCCAAAGUUGAUGAUAAGAAAGUUGACGCUAAAAAGGAUGUGAAAAAAUCGGUUGAGGAGACUAAAGUAAAACUGGAAAAAGAGAUUCAUCUGAUCAAACAGCCUAUGCUUAAUAGUCCAGCACCAUUUGAAGCUGCAGCUUCGGCAACACAACAGGUUUAUUAUGAUAAAAACCAAGUGACGCCAGGCGAAGGAGCAGGCAAUGCAAAGAGUAAUACAAAUUCUCAAGCCGCAAACGCUUAUCGCGCACAAUACAGUCAAGUGGCACACCAGCAACAACAACAGCAACAAAAUAAGAAUCACAUAAGAGUAGCUGCAAAAAAUCCACUGCAACAACAACAAAUACAACUUCAAGCACCCGUUUCACUGCCGGCACAACAACGUGGCCAGCAACAGAAGCAAAUACAAUACGUUCUUGCCAUACCACUGUCAUAUUUGCGUCAAAUACAACAACAACUUAUACACCAGCAGCAACAGGAACAACCAACACAUUUACAAGUCUAUAAGGGGCAACAACAGCCACAACAACAACAGCAGCAACAACAGCAAAUACAAGCAAUACCAGUUUAUUCUAUUGCCGGACCUUUGGCUAGAGACCAUAAUGGUGCUUAUCGUCCUUUUCAUCGUUUUGCUCCAACAGCUGUCAAUGAUGUCUCAACUGGUGCUCAACAUCAAACGGCUUCUGCAUUACCCAACACACAACCCCUAGCACCAGCCUCUCCAGCUCCACCCGGUUAUAUUACUCAAUAUAUACAAAUACCAGCAAGUGCUUUACUAGCUGCCGUACAAUCGGCUCAAGUGCAACAACAACAACAGCAACGUCCUGUUCAUUUACCACAAAAUGUAUAUCAACAACAACAGCCGCAGCUGCAGUUGCAGCCACCAAUACAUCAACAACAUGUUCAGGCUCAAGCACCUCAACUCAUUUACUACCAGCCACAGCAACAACAACAAUUGAAACAGCCUUCACAUGCCUUGACAUCGCCACCUGUUUAUGGAUAUAAUGUCAACCAACUGCAGCAGCCAACUCAACAACAUCAGACUUAUGAACAUUUGACGGAACAACAACAGCAAAAUGUAGGUAAACAACAACCGCACCGUGUUCGAGGUGUUAGACCGACUGUAAAUUUAACACCAUCCCAAUAUGACACAAACGCUGCAGCGUAUGAGCACGAAGAGAAAGCUCAACUAGUAGCACUACAGGCACCAUCAACACAUCAAAAUUUAAAUACACACUCCCACACAAAUGCACAUAGUCAACAGUAUAUUGCACAAGCUCCCUUAGCACAACAACAGCAACAACAACAAACUGCACCGGCACAUCAGGUAGUACAAGCACCUGAAGCUUUCGACCAUGUUGUUCACUAUAAUCCACAAUAUGUACAACACUUUCAGGAGCAGGCACAACAGCAACAACGGCAACCUCAACACCAGCCCCAUAGAUUACAUAUACAACCACAGCAUGCACCACUUGUAGAACAUUUAAAUAAUUUACCAUUUUCUCAGGGUAUUCAUGGUCCAACACCACUGCCAUUCCUACGCCUACAUCCAGCAGCAGGAGUAACUCCUUUCUUUCCACCAGGCAUUGCUCAGCCGUUUGUUUCGAGUGGAUUUCAACCUCCCUUUACUCCGAUAGGAAUGCCAAGUAAAGUGACAUCCUUUACAAAUGUCUUAUUGCAGCCAUUUGUAGGACAUCCUUCUUCGUUUCACACACCGGAAAUUGGUACAGCUGUUGCUGGCAGUGCUGACUCUUUACCCUUUAUCCAUCAGAAUGGUGGCAUACGUUACGGUACACAUCUUUACCAUCCGCCUACGUCAGCCACCUCUGUGUUGGCCGGCAACAAACAGCACAACUCAGCAGCUGCACACCCAGCUCCAAGAGUGUUGUCGACAACAGGAGAAGGAAAAGUUUCUGCAUCCUCAGCAAAAGCCACUGUGGUAGCUGGCGCAGCAGUAGCUGGCAGUCCAACGGUAGUAAAAUAUCCUUAA